UUUAAAUACCCCUUCAUAUUCCAAUGGAAAGCAUGGGAAAGACUUCCAGGUUCCACAACAGCUGUUUAUGGGAGUGUUUGUGUUGACGAAAAUUCCUCUGCAUUUCUGAGUCUCUUUUUCUUGCAAUUCGUGGUGAAAUCUGUGAAAUGAAUACCCAGGCUGAGGAUGAUGAUUACUGGGACAAGUCAGAUAGCAAAGCAUAUAAUUUCGAUGAUGAUGAAGUGAGUAAUAUCUCAGAAGUGAGCUACGAAGACUUCCCGCAGAGCGACUUUCCUCUGAAUCUCCUCAUCUCUGACCAUGACCUACAAAUGGUCUUGGAUGAACAGUCCAGGAAGGAUACUUUGCCUAUAAAAUUCACACAGGACGAGGAAUUGCGCUUCCUCCGGAACAAAUUCCAGGAAGAACGCUAUCCUCCUCCGGCAUCUGUGAUAGUAUCUCGCCUCUUAAUUGGUCGACCUGUGAGUCUGGAAGUGUACAGGAGUUUAGCUCAGAAAACUGAACUCUUAGACGAGGCAAUAGCUUCAGGAAAUGGAGAUGCAAUUCUCCGGAUUGUUCUCUUCCUGAGUCGAAGUCUGAAGAAGAAAAUCCUCUAUCAGCUGCUACAGAAUCGCCCUGAGGCUGUCAAUCACUACAUCAACUACCUCAGUACACGUCUGCAAGUCUCGGAAUGCGUGGACUUGUGGACAAUUCUCGGGAAGCAACAGGAGGCAGCGAUGUUUCAAUACCGCCUCGCUGUGACCACGUCAAAUGUCGAUUUGAAGAGGAGGAAGCUAGCAAAAGUCCACAGUGAUUAUUUCCUUCAGCCCGGAGCCUCUCAGUUCCACGCGAGAUUCCUCGCUGACCAGCUAAAUUUGCUGGAAUGGCAAUCUGCGGAGGAUAAGUCCCUCCUGGAUAAACCCGUCUUAGAGUCUCUCUAUCGUGUCUGUCAGAGGCACAAAUGGUCAGACAAUAAAUCUCCAAGCCCAGGAAAUCCCUACAACUUUGCAAAAGCCUAUCAGAUAAGUGCCUCGCAAUUUGAGUGGAUUGCACUGAAUGAGAGAGCAAGGAGCAAAGCUUGGAAGGAUCUCGAUGGACUGUUCGAGAAGAAGACCUUCAUUAAGGCAAGUUUCGCCAUCAACAUUCCCCUGGACAAGGUAAUUCUCAGGCUGCAUGAGCUUGAAGCUCCAUUUCCGGUCUUGAACACAUUCCUCGGCAAAAUAGAUGAUACCCAGAAGAGGCUGUCCCUGGCCAGGAAAGUCGGUGCUGUCAGGAGCGUUAUUGACUGUCUGGUGGCGAUGAAAGACAAGGCUGAACUUGUGAACUUGAGGAAUGGUCUUGUGGAAGGGACUCCUGAGAGAUUCUACGCUGAAAACUGCCUGGAAAGUCUGAAUAGCAAAUGGAAGGCUGAGAGCAUAAAAGUGUCCAUCAAGAAAUGACCUCCGGAGCCCUCGAAAGAAAUUGUGAUUUCUCCAAAUUUAUUUGCUGCUGAAUUUUGAUGAUGAAUUACAUAUUUUUGCAAAGUGACACUGUAA